AUGUUAGAAGAAAGACAACCUACCCCUGAACAUAUUAAAGAAAAAUAUAAAACACCACCUCCUACAGUUAUUGAAAGUGAAGAGAAUAAAGAAAAAAGACAACGAAAUAAAAGAGCUACUAAAAAAAGAUAUUAUGAUAAACUAAAAAAACAAGCUGAAGAACAAGGAUCUUUAAAUAGAACAAGAUCUAAAAUUUCUCCAAUAUCAUCAAGAACAAAAUCACAAACAGAACUUUGUUGUUUAGAUGAAUAUGAAAAGAAGAUAAAGAAAAAAAAGAACAAUAGUAAUAGUAAUAGUAAUUAUAAUAGUAAUAAUAAUAAUAAUAAUAAUAAUAAUAAGGAUAAUAGAAAUAAUAAUGAAGAUAAAGAUAAUAAUAAAAAUGAUAAUAGUAAUGAAAAUUAUAAUAAAGAUGAUGAUAGAAAUGAUGAUAGAGAUAAUGAUAGAGAUAAUGAUAGAGAUAAUGAUGAUGAUAAUAAUAAUAGAAAUGAUGAUGAUAAUAAUGAUGAUGAUAAUAAUAAUAGAAAUGAUAAUGAUAGAGAUGAUGAUGAUAAUAGUGAUAAUAAUGAUGAUAAUAAUAUUAAAAAACAUAGAUUAGAAAAAAUGAAUAUUAUUUCACAACUUAAACUACCACUACUAGCAAUUGAAAUUUUACUUACAGAAGAAGAUCCAGAAUCUAAUAAACUUUUUGUUUUUAAAAUAAUAGCAUAUAAUCAAAUAUUUGCUUUUACAUCAAUUAGUGGUACAAUAUUAGAUAAAAAACUUGCCAAUGCUAAAAAAGGAGUUUAUACUUAUAAAAUUUGA